AUGUUGAUUCCAAAGCAAGAAAGAACAAAGAUUCACAGAAAGUUGUUUCAAGAUGGUGUUCUAGUCGCUAAGAAAGACUUCAACCAACCAAAGCACGACGAAAUUGACACCAAGAACUUGUAUGUCAUCAAGGCUUUGCAAUCUUUGACUUCCAGGGGUUACGUCAAGACUCAAUUCUCUUGGCAAUACUACUACUACACCUUGACUGAAGAAGGUGUUGAAUACUUGAGAAGCUACUUGGGUCUACCAGAACAAGUUGUUCCAGGUACUCACUUGGCUGCCAGAUCUCAAGUUCAAAGACCACAAAGAAGAUACUAA